GUCAUUCGCCAUCGCAUAGCGUAGGCACAUUGCGCAUCACGGCCUGGAGCCUUGCAUUGCAUCGUGUAUAUAAAGAUGACAUAGCUACCCCCCAUUAGUUAUCCCAUCUUCUACCAUAGUAUCUUCAUCCGAACAAACACUCAAUCACUACUACUUCACACAUUUACUAAGCAUUCAACAUGGACAACUCGGGCAAUACCAAUAAUAACCGUCCAGGUAACAUCUGGGAAUUCUUGCAAACAUUCGCCCCAAAUGGACCUUUCGCAGCUGGUGUCGGCAUUGAUCACGCCAAUUCGAUGCCUCAAUUCCCUCCCGGAUUCCCUUUCCAUAACACUGAGUUCAACAACGACUCUUGGAAUGGACAAGGCUGGGGCGGUUGGGGUGGCCCAUGGGGUCAUCAUGGAUGGCGCGGAUCAAACGGACGCCCAAACCCCCGAGACGCACCCGAGUCCGGCGGCGAAGACGACCAUGAUAUGGACGGGGAGACCGACACUAUGAGACCGACUCCGGAUGAGUCGGUGAACAGCGAUGUCCCUCCUCCGCCUCGCGCCUCGGGAGCAUUUUCUCCACCUCCUCCUCCUCCUCCUCCAGGUGCACCGAACCACCCACCUCGCGGUCCGUUCCACCACGGCCACCCACACCCCUUUGGCCCUCGUCGUGGGGGACCUUGGGGAAGACGUGGAGGACGACGUGGCCAUCAUCACCACCAGCCGCCGCCGCCGCCACCGCCCUUUGGUGGCCCAUGGGACUUCCGGCCGCUAAUGGAAUCCUUCGCUUCUCACCCAUACGCCCAAGCUUUCAGAAAUUGCAUGGACCAAACCCGCAGUGGCCCUUCAGACUCAUCGGCCGAAGAUCAAAUCAAUUCUUUCACCCCUCCUGUCGACGUCUUCAACACGGAUAAAGCCUACGUGCUACAUGUCUCGCUUCCGGGUGCGCUCAAGGAGGACAUCGGAGUAAAUUGGGAUGGAGAGAAGAUCAACAUUGCUGGAGUGGUAUACCGACCCGGCAACGAAGAGUUCCUUCAGACCAUGGCCUCGAGCGAGAGGAAGGUAGGGAUGUUCGAACGAAGCAUCAAGCUACCGCCUGCUGGAAGCGAUGAGAAGGAGGAUAUUGACGGCCUCGGCAUCACCGCCAAAAUGGAGAACGGUAUUCUAAUCGUGACUGUUCCCAAGACCGAGAAGGAGUGGACUGCGAUCCAUAAAAUCGACAUCGAGUAAUCUUAUGACGACUGUACAAUGGGAUAAGUAAACGGUAGGUAUACCGUGAGGACCUUGGGGUAUCAUGGGCAACUUGGGAUC